AUGAGUUUACCGUAUAAUAAAAAUGGUACCGUCAUCGAUUUCGGUCCAAAGGAUGUUAAAAACAAUGAUUAUGACGAAAGAAUGAUACAAAAAACCAUCCUCGAAGAAACCACACCGGAAGAACGAGAAGAAUUGCAAAGAUUUACUUUCCUUAAUUUAAAUGAAUUGAUUAAGCCGAAAGUAAGACUCAAUAACGAUAAACCUCCGCCACGCCCACAAAACGCGUUUGUAAUCUUCAGGAAGGAUUACCAGGCGAGGUUAACGUCACAACAUCCUACUUUGUCGUCAGCAUUUCGUGAUAUCUCUACUACUUCAAGUAAACUUUGGAAAGAAGCGUCCGAUGAUCAGAAAAAUUGUUUUAAUAGAUUAUCUGAUCUUGCAAAAAGUUUACACGAAAAGAUCUGGCCGACCUCUUCAAAUUCUGGAGAUAAUGCGCCCGCGUCGCGUGAUAAUUCGUUACCACAACCAGGGAACGAACAUGCGGAGAGUCAAAAUGUAGAGGUCAAUAGAAGAACAUUAGAAAUCGACCCAUCUACAGAUUUUUUUAAUAAAUAUUGUAAGGAAGUUUUGAACAGUCUGGAUAAAGAAACAUUCCUUUAA